AUGCGGCCGCUUAGAUUCGGCUGGUGGCGACUGGGCCUGGCAACGUGCGCGCUGGCCGGCGCAAGCGCCGCAUUCGAGGUGCUCAUUUCCGAAGCGGACAAUCUUAAACAGACAUGCAGUGGAAUGUGGGCUGGCAAAAAUACUUCCAUCGACUUGACUUUCAAUGAAGGUUCCGGGGCUGUGGCGACGCUCUUCUAUGAGUGGGCUGACUUCCCAAAUCUGGGCAUUGUCUCGCCGGAGCAGGGUCAAUAUGGAAUCAAGCAAAUGGUAUACAUCUGCACAACUAAAGCAGUACAAGAAAAGCUCUGCAACAAAACUGACCUUGGUUCCUGGAUCACCAAGCCAAAUGCCACUUCAAUACAACAACAGACGCUGCGCUUUCCGCAAGAUGGCCCAUUUCCGAAGACAAUUAACUAUCCGGUGAAACAGAAAGGCUACUUUUGCGUCGGUGCGACUUCGGUGCCCAUGGCGACGGAUGGGUCGGCGCAUUCCACUUUCAAGGGCGUCGUCAAGUUCAACAACAUAUUCAAGGGCAGUCUGAGGGCAUCCGAAUGGCCAAGGCUCAACUUCUACUUGUCCCUGACGUCCGUUUACGUCAUCCUCGGCGGCGUGUGGUUCUUCCUCUGUGUCAAGCACAGGCAAGAGCUUCUAAUGGUGCAGCACUUCAUUUCUGGCACCAUCGCAUUCUUGAUCGUCGAGAUGGGCGUGCAGUGGGCGUAUCAGGCCUACUUGAACAGUCACAGCGUCGACUACUGGCAUAUGUCUUCCCUCACGGGCGACAAGAGUGUCACGAGUGUCACUAGAUUCCUGCUUGUCCUCUCGAGCGUCUUGGAUGCCGCACGGAACAGCAUCAGUUUCUUUUUGCUGCUUAUCGUCUCGAUGGGCUAUGGUGUUGUGCGGCCAACGAUUGGUCCAAUCAUGACACGGGUCCGCAUCCUGACUGCCGUGCACUUCGUCUUUGGUGUGUUGUACUCUGUCGGCAUCGCGCUUUUGCUCAUCGAAGAAGGCGGCGGCUGGGUCUUCUUCUUCAUCUUCCCUCUUUCUUUCACCCUCACCGCCUUCAUGUCGUGGACGCUACACAGCCUCAAUGGUACAAUUCAGCGCCUGACGGCUCGCAAGCAGACAUUCAAGCGGAACAUGUUCCAGAAGCUUUAUCGAAUCCUGCUUGGCGCCGUAAUUCUAAUCUUCGUCUUUUUCGUCGUUUCCUCUUUUGCAUUCUCCCAAAGCGGCUCUGACAGCUUCGCCCCGCGCUCUUGGCCUUAUCGAUGGUUUCUGUUGGACGGUUGGCUCGGCUUGCUCUACUUUUUCGUCUUUGCCUCGAUCGCAUGGAUCUGGCGGCCGACGGGUCAGAACCUGCGUUUGUCUAUGUCAGACGAGAUUGCCACGGAUGAAGACGCCGAGGUAGAUGACUUUGAGAUCGACACGUUUGCGCAGCGCGAUCCGGCCGACGAAGAAGAUGUGGACCUAGAGCAAGGGAGGAAGAGGAGCGCACUCGCGAGGAGCGAAGAGCAGCAGCGGCAGCAGGAGCAAGAGCAACUGCAGCAGGGGCACUCACAGGCGCUGUCACGGCAGCAAGGGCAAGGUUACAGACCGCCAGCAGAUAGCGAGGUGAUGUUCUCAAUAGGCGAAGACGAUGGGCCAACGCCACGUACGGCGUCGAUGCGGCCUCGUGGGACUGCAGCCGAGCACGAGGGACUCAUGGAUGGUCGAGAAGACGACGAAGAAGACGAGGGGAAGAAGGCUUGA